AUGAUCGAUCUUCACAAAGUCAUCAUGGAUGAGUCUAAAUCUAUGAUUACUCCUGAAAGCUUUGUUAGCAUUUUCAACUUUGUCCCCUAUAAUAUGAUCCCUCAUCCUACCUCUUUGACAAUUGAACAGAGGCAAGAUGUUAGCCCCGCCGUCUUAGGCAAACCUGAACCUCACAAGUAUAUCUACCUCCACUUCAAAUAUUCGGAAAUUGGAAUAUCUAAGCAGAUCAUUAUGCAUCAAUACCGAAACUACCGCAGACACAAUUGGUUUAGUCAGGAUGAUACUGACAAAUUGAACUUGUUUCGAAUUGCUGCUAUUGCAUUGCAAAAAGGUGUUGAUAUUUCGAGGGGUAAGAGGCGCUGGAGAUAUCUUACUGAAGAGGAGAGGAAAGAGUGGUUGCCAAGGUUAAGAGAGUUUGCCGAGGAGACUGAAGUUAGAGAAUCUAGAGAGCCAGUCGAAGAGGCACUUGAAAAGGCCACCCACGAGGAAUACGCAAAUGAAGAAGUUAUGGGUGACGCGGCUGAUGAAGCAGUUGAUGAAUCAAUGCAAGGAUCAGUUCAAGGAUCAGUCCAAGAACCAGCCAGAAGAUCAAUUGGUGAAACCAUUAGCGGAACGAUGGAAAAAGAAUCUAGCAGAGAAGAACCCGAGUCGGAUAAUGUUGCUGUCAAUCGCGAACAUAAAGUGCCUUUCGGCAAUCUCGAAGAAUCCGGAAAUGAAUCUAUUAUUCCUCAAAGCGGAGAGCCUUCCGUUUUUCGAGGUCACCGCCCCUGA